UUGUCAUCACUGUGAUAUUACAGGAAUUGCAGCCAUGGCUCACGCUCCCCAUGCUGUGGACCAGGACCUUAUAAAGUCCACAGGCACAGCUUCCCGGCCAGUCUCCCGCGCUGUGAGGCCGUCAGCAUGAGGAUCUAUUACCUGGUCUUUGGGUUGCUGCUCCUGUGCCUGGUGCCUGCUCCAGGCAAUGGAGGGAUCAUAAGCACAGUGCAGAGGUACUUUUGCAAAGUGAGGAGUGGCCGCUGCGCCUUGGUGAGCUGCCUCCCUAAGGAGGAGCACAUAGGCAGCUGCUCACUCACUGGCCGGAAGUGCUGCCGGAGGAGGAAGUGACGGUCCUGAAAUGUGGAGAAUGUUGUCACGUGUGAAGAUGCCUGCAUGGAGUUUAUGAAAGCAAAAUUACAGUAAAUAUUUUUUCCAAAAAAAUCA